AUGAAUACCCCAGUACAAACUCCUGAUAUGGUGUGGUGUUUUCCAGCCAAGAACUCUGAAGCUCUCUCCAGUGUUCCCACUUCCUAUGCUGCAUUGCCGAGAAUUAAGAAGAGUGCAACCUCAUCUGCCUUUGGUUCCAAGGUCAGGCCGCGGUACAGCAGCCCUUCAUUAGGUACCCUGAGUGUUUCUUCCCCGAGCUGGCGAGGGGCAGCUCAGCAGUACCACCCUCCAGUCAACCUUUAUCACUCAUCAGAUGCCUUCAGACAAGAUGACAGUGUGGAUUAUGGGCCAGUGUUUGUGCAAGAACCUGAUGAUGUCAUUUUUCCAACGGACUCUGAUGAAAAGAAGGUAGCUCUGAAUUGUGAAGUUCGUGGCAACCCUGCUCCCACUUACAGGUGGCUCCGGAAUGGAACAGAGAUUGAUCUGGAAAGUGACUAUCGCUACAGUUUGAUAGAUGGCACCUUUAUUAUAAGCAAUCCAAGUGAAGUCAGGGAUUCUGGGCUUUAUCAAUGUUUAGCCACCAACACUUUUGGAAGUAUUCUCAGUCGAGAAGCCACACUUCAGUUUGCCUAUCUGGGAAAUUUUAGUGGCCGGACAAGAAGUGCAGUCUCUGUGAGAGAAGGCCAGGGGGUUGUUCUGAUGUGUUCCCCACCGCCUCAUUCUCCAGAGAUCAUCUACAGCUGGGUCUUUAACGAGUUCCCCUCCUUUGUGGCGGAGGACAGUCGGCGGUUCAUAUCCCAAGAGACAGGCAACCUUUAUAUAUCGAAAGUGCAAACAUCAGAUGUUGGCAGCUAUAUUUGUCUGGUCAAAAAUUCCGUGACGAAUGCGCGAGUGCUCAGUCCUCCGACACCACUCACUCUGCGGAAUGAUGGUGUGAUGGGAGAAUAUGAGCCGAAAAUUGAGGUCCAUUUUCCUUUCACGGUUACAGCUGCUAAGGGAACAACUGUAAGGAUGGAAUGCUUUGCACUUGGCAACCCUGUUCCAACAAUCACUUGGAUGAAGGUUAACGGUUACAUUCCCAGUAAGUCCCGACUGCGGAAAUCCCAGGCUGUCCUGGAGAUCCCCAACCUGCAGCUAGAUGAUGCUGGAAUAUAUGAAUGCACAGCUGAGAACUCCCGUGGAAAAAACUCCUUUCGUGGACAGCUGCAGAUAUACACAUACCCACACUGGGUACAGAAACUGAAUGACACGCAGCUUGAUAGUGGGAGUCCUCUGCAGUGGGAAUGCAAGGCGACUGGCAAGCCCAGGCCCACAUACCGCUGGCUGAAGAAUGGAGCACCCCUCCUGCCACAGAGCAGAGUGGACACAGCUAAUGGAGUAUUGGUGAUCCAUAGUGUGAAUCAAUCCGAUGCUGGGAUGUAUCAGUGUUUGGCUGAGAAUAAAUAUGGAGCUAUUUAUGCGAGUGCUCAACUGAAGAUCCUAGCCUCGCCACCCUCCUUUGAACUGAAUCAGGUCAAGAAAACAAUAAUUGUCACCAAAGACCGGGAAGUCCUCAUAGAGUGUCAACCACAGGGUGCUCCAAAGCCAACCAUCUCCUGGAGGAAGGGAGACAAGGCAGUGAGAGGCAGCAAAAGGUGAGAACUUUAAUUUGCACUUCAAUCUCUUAACAUCAGAAUGAUCUUCUUUUAUCAGCAUGUGAAGUCAUGGGCUCCCCCAGAUCGCUGCACACACAAGCAUCAUCUCAUCGGAAUGCUUUCUUCUCUCCUAGAAAUCUCUCAUUGUCCUUGACCCCUCUUCUUGCUAGUUCUCUACCUCCCCCAAAUAAUUUCUCACUCUGCUGUCAUUAACAUCAGAUAUUUUGGAAGUUGCAAAUGACACCCAUUAAAUGCAUAUAUGAGUCUUGUGGAGAUUAUGUCAUAUUUCAUAAACUAGUUGAAAUGUGAUCUUUUUCUA